AAGCAGUUUAUUUUUGCACAAAGAAGUGAAAACACAGAAAAGUGGGAACUGAUUUGUGUGCCGUGCCCAAGUUGAAGAAAAAUCCAACAAAAAUACCAUUUCCUAACGUUUGCAACAUCUCGGCGGGAAUUUGCAGGCAUCUAGCUGAAACAAAGUUGGAAUUUCAACCUGACCAUUCAAGCACCAGAAAAAAACGGCACCCAAAUGAGCUCUUUUUUUGACCUAUUCGAUCCGACGGCUUCGUCGUCGGAAUCCGAUCUCAACGGCAAUAGCAACAGCAGCAGCAGCAACAACGAGGACGAUGACAUAUUGUUGUCGUACGAGGAAAUUCUGAGCAAGAGCUGCACUAAGCGAUCGGUUCAGAUCCCACCCCGAUUACAGAAUCAUCAACCGUUCGUCCAGCAUCAACACUCACCAUGCUCGCCCAUGAUCGACUUCGAUUUGGAUAUUCUUCCACCGGAGCCCCAGCUGGGCAAUAUCGAGUACAAAUUGAAGCUGAUAAAUCCUUCCAAGCAACGGUUCGAGCAUCUUGUCACGCAAAUGAAGUGGCGCCUACGGGAAGGAAACGGUGAAGCCAUCUACGAGAUUGGAGUUUCCGAUUCCGGCCAGCUGCACGGGCUCUGCGAUGCCGACAUGAGCAGCUCGCUGCACACACUGAAUCAAAUGGCACGCAAAUUGGACGCCUCGACCUCGGUGCUCCGGCGGAAGACUCUCGCCGCCGGACGAUCGGUGGUCGAAGUGCUGGUCCGAAAGAUCCCCGACGAUCAGCACAACAUUGAAGUGCGGGUCGCUGUGCUCGGUGGAGCCGAUGCUGGCAAGUCCACCCUCUUGGGUGUGCUAACCCAGGGCGAAUUCGACAACGGUAGGGGACGAGCGCGCUUGAAUAUGUUCCGACAUAUGCACGAAAUUCAAACGGGACGUACAUCUUGUAUCUCCCACGAAACGCUGGGAUUCGAUCAACAGGGUAACGUAAUCAACUACAAGUACAAUGAGAUGAUGACGGCAGAGGAAAUAAGCGACCGAUCGACAAAGUUGGUGACAUUCAUGGAUCUGGCUGGUCAUCGGCGCUAUCUGAAAACGACGGUACAAGCCCUAUCCGGGUAUUCGCCGCACCACGCACUGAUCGUGGUCGGCGCCGGAAGUACAAUCAGCAACAUGACCAAGGAACAUCUUGCCAUCGUUCACGCUCUGGAUAUGUCCUUCUCGAUUGUCAUCACCAAGUGUGACCUCGUCCCGCCGGAUGAUGUGUUGUAUGAGCUGAAGAAUCUUAUUACUGCCGUUGGUUAUCGAAAAGUGCCAUACCUGAUUACGAAUGAAGAUGACGUGUUGAAUGCGAACGCGCAUCAAACCCAUGAACAGAUUGUUCCCAUUUUCUGUGUUUCAAAUGUGACAGGCAACGGGCUGGACCUGUUGACCAAGUACCUUUACGUCUUAUCUCCGGGGAUUAGCAACUCGGAGAAGGAGCGGUUCGAACAGGAACCGAUCGAGUUUCAGAUUGACGAAAUUUUCAAAGUAGCCGAAGUCGGCUUGGUGGUCGGUGGUUUGCUGUGCAAGGGAGUCCUCACCGAGAACAUCCAAGUUCGCAUCGGACCUCUGAUGGAUGGCACGUUUUUGCCAGUGACGGUACAGACCAUCCACCGGAAUAAGGCACCCUGCCGGGUGGUCCGAGCAGGGCAGAGUGCUUCGCUGUCUUUCUACCCCAGCGAGGAUUUGCCACCUCUGCGCAGAGGCAUGGUUAUUCUUCCCGACUAUGAAGUGGAAGAUACCGCUUUUGGGUCGUACUUCUUUCAGGCCAACGUUUCGGUUCUAUUUCAUGCCACUAGUAUCUACGAAGGCUUCCAAACGACAAUGCACAUCGGUAGCAUCCGCCAAACGGCCGUUAUCGUGGGCAUCCUAGGUCAGACCGACGGGAUUCGUACUGACCAGACGGCAUCGGUGAUGUUCCGAUUCGUACGGCACCCGGAGUACGUCCGACCGGGCAUGAGGAUAUUGUUCCGCGAGGGUACCAGCAAAGGUAUCGGAAAUGUGACGCAAGUAUUUCCACUUAAUCAAAAGCCAAAUUGAACACGUUUGAUUGAGGGAACACACGCUUUUUGGUAGGUACGUUGCAAGAAACGUAGAAUUUUUCAAACAGAAAGUCAAAACUAGUUAUAUAUUUUUACAGCUGACUUAAAAGUUAUGUAAAUAGCAACACAAAAAAAAAUUAAAACUGUGAUUAAUUAACUUUUAACUUAGGUUUUAAUGAGAGAGUGAGAGACAGACAAAGUUCGAUUAUCAGUUUCGCUUUCUGAAAUGACCUCUAUCAGUACUUUCAUAAUUGCCGUUCAGUACUCUUUUUGUGUGUGGAUUAGAGCUAUGGGAAUUCAAAAUUCUCCACUCUCCUGAGAACCUGACCUGACGUGACGUGUGUGUGAAUGAAUUUCGAAUAAAUCU